AUGCGCGACGUCAAGCCCGUCCUCGGCCACCACAGGCUGCCACAGUACUUCAUGUUGCUCAAGACAUCUUGGGCACUGUGCCUCCUCAUUGCACUCGUCGCGGUCGUUGCCGAUGCGCAGCGCGGCGCGACACCCAUCGUUGUGCUCGGCAUCCCAACGCACCUCGAAGGAUUUGGUGCAAACGACAACAACAAUAGCACCUCCAAGCCGUCUAUCAACGAUACCAAUGCUCCGACGACGGCUCCGCCAAGCCCUUCGCCGAGCCCAAGUCCCUCACCGCCGAGCCCGACGCCGCCACCACCAAGCCCGUCACCGCCAGCUCCAACGCAGGCUCCGACACCGGCUCCGACGCAGGCUCCGACACCGGCUCCAGCGCCACCGAGUCCAUCACCACCGGCACCGACUCCGUCUCCGCCAACGCGAGCUCCGUCGCCGCCUUCACCCAGUCCGACCCAGGCACCACCCAGUCCGUCGUCGCCACGCCCGAGUCCGUCCCCUUCCACGACGGCGCCAACGCAAGCGCCUUCACCUAACCCUUCACCAGCUCGCCCAUCGGCGUCUCCAAGCGCCUCGCCGAGCCCAUUGCCAAGCUCGUCUCCUGCUCCAUCGAGCUCUACGAGCAUCCCGACGGAGGCGCCGACAGACGCUCCGAGCCCCAGUUCAUCGGACGCACCGAGUACGAGCCCGGCACCAACGUCGACCGACUCGCGCUCGGGUCCGACGUCAACUCCAGUGACGACGCCGAUGGCUUCGAGCAAGACAAUGAAGCCGUCGAAUGCGACGCCGGAAGCCAACGCCGUGAGCCAGCAGUCGGGCAACGACAGUGGCAACGUGUCCAACAUUCUCAUCAUCGUCUCGGCUGUCGUUGGCGUCGUUGCGAUCCUCGGUGUCUUUGCGUUUUACGUUCACAAGAAGCGGCUCCAGCGCCUCACCGAAGACAAGUCGCCGCGGAGCUACCCGGGCUCGCCCGUCAUGCAGACGAUCCGCCACAUUCCGCACAACCCGUACCCCGUGCAACAGCAGCAGCAGUCGUUUGCACCGCCACCGCCACCGCCAUCCUCCUUGCCGAUCCGCGACGACUCCGAGGUGCAUUUGGGCCACUCGGUGAACACGGAGCAGCUUAUGGAGAGCAUGGACGACGGCUACUCGCUGAGCUCGUUCGGCGGGUCGUCGCACUAUGGUCAAAGCAGCGGCAACUACAGCAUCAGCAGCUCUUUUUGCAUGGACUCUAGUCGCUUCCAAGACAUGGUCCAAUCGAAGGUCCACGUCGUGUAG